AUGCUGUUUAGCGGUGCCAAGAUUUACAAGUUGGAUUGUGUUGAUAUUAUGGUGUUGAAGAACAAUGGAAGUUGCAGCAAAAAUGCUUCUGUUUCAUUUGAAGAUAGCUGCUCCGGUAUUGUGGAUGAAGAUGAUUACCUCACUGAGGCAUUUAGGACUGAAGUUCAAAAGUCUUACUUGUCGAAUGAGUGGGCUAGUUACAUUCAAUGUGUAGGGCAGAAAUUUCGUGGAGGUUCCUCCGAGUUCCGAGAGAAGCUUAGAAAAUAUGCUGUUGAAGUUGGGUUCAGCUUUGUGUUUAUUAGAAAUGAUUGGGAUAGAAUUCAUGCGGUUUGUUCCAAUUGGGGAACUGAAGGAUGUGAUUGGAAUGUCCGUGGUUAUGUAUCCCCUGCAAAUGGAUGCUUUAUAAUUGGUGAUUUGAACAAUGUGCACUCUUGCAAAGGUGUUCUUCGGAAGCAAAAACAUGAGCUUUUGGGAUCAAAAAUUGUCAAGACAUGUAUUGAAGAGGACAUUAGCUAUAACUUAUCAUUGAAGCCAAGGGAAAUUAUCAGCAAGUUCAAGUCAGCUUAUGGGUUUGAUAUAUCGUACAAGGUUGCUUGGAAAGCAAAGCAGAAGGCUAGGGAAAUGAUUUAUGGUUCUGAGGCUGAUUCGUUUAACAAGUUAACAUGGUAUAGGGAUGCUGUAUUUGAGACUAACCCGGGAUCUUCGUUUGUUUUGGAAGUUGAUCCAUCGAGCAAUCGGUUUCAGAGGCUUUUCCUAGCUUAUGCAGGCUGUGUUAAAGGCUUUGAAUUUUGUCUUCCCGUCUUGUUUGUCGAUGGGACUUUUGGGAAGAGUGUCUACAAGGGGCAGAUACUUUGUGCAACUGGAAAGAAUGGAAAUCAUGGUUUCUUUCCUCUUGCAAUGUGUGUCUGUGAUUCUGAGACUGAUGCUAAUUGGUCCUUUUUCUUCCAACACUUGAAGAACUUGCUGGAACCUCAAGGUAGAUUAAUUACGUUUAUUAGUGAUCGUGGUGUUGGACUAUUGAGUGCUUUCGACAAGAUAUUUCCUGGUAAUCCUCAUCUUUUCUGUUACAAGCACUUGGUGCAUAACCUUAUGACUAAAUACAACGGUAAAGGGUCUUCUGUUUUGAAAGAUGAUGUUAAAAAGAAGUUUUUUGAGUUGGCAUAUUCGUGCACUGAAAAGGAAUAUCGUUUUCAUUUAAGAGAGUUGAGAGAAGUUGGUGGUGCUGAUAUUAUAGAUUCAUUUCUUGCUGAUUUGCCUGUUCAAAAUUGGUGCCGCGCAUUUUUCCCUGGAUGCCGUUAUGGAAUUAUGGCUAAUAGUGUAGCUGAAUCUUUUAAUGCUUGGUUUGCUGUUGAGCGUGAGAUGCCAGUAUACACUAUGCUUGAUCAGACUCGGAUUAGGGUGAUGCAGAUGAUGGGUGAGAGGAGAGACGAGGCUCAACUUUGGACCUCGCAACUUACUCCUGUUAUGGAGGGUCGUUUGAAAGAAGAAUCUUCUAGCAGUGGCUUCAUACUUCCUCCAAAUGCAAAGAGGCCUCCUGGGAGGCCUAGGCUCAAGAGGUUCAAGUCUAGAGGAGAGUGUGAAAAGAAACUCAUUCGUUGCAGCCGAUGUGGCAAAAUGGGACAGCAUAACAAGAAGACCUGCACUGAACCUAUUUGAAAGUAAAUUUGUCAAUUGUUUUAGCAUUCUGACUGGUUGUAUU